AGGGCGUCGAGAACUCUCUCGUAACGCCUACCUGAGUCUUUUUCUUCACCCACCUUUGUUGUUUUUUUUAUUUUUUUAUUAAAUGUUUUUCAACGGUGGACAUGAGGCAGCACACGUGAUGGAUGGGUUGGAUCUGUGAAAGUGACCCAGCUUGGCUCACGGCUAUGGGAGUUACGCCAGCGAGGGGUGGGUGUUGACUUUAUAGUCGACGACGGAAAGGAGGACUGAAUGUCCCCUCUUCCUUCCAUCCGUUGUCUCUCAAAUCAUCCAUCCAUCCAUCCAUCAAUCAUCUCCCAACGGUUUUCGCAGAUUCAUAGGAGAGCGCGAUUGAGAGAAGCAGCUCUUAAUUGCAGUCUGAGUCUCUCGGUCUCAAUCUCAAUAUUCUCAUAUAUGCAAAAGCAAGUACAAUAUUAGUGCAUCUCAAUCCAACACACGCCCUUGACCACUAGUAGUGGAGGAGGAGACUAGCAAUAGCAGCAGCAACAGCAAAAGCAAAAGCAUGGGAGGAGGAGGAGGAGGAGGCAAUCCCAUCAACGGCAGGGAGGAGAACCGUACCCAUGGUAUCCAGAUCCCACCUGGGCGAAGGUUGCCCGAUUUCUUGCAGAGUGUAAAUCUCAAGUAUGUGAAGCUUGGGUAUCACUACCUAAUAACCCACCUCCUCACCCUCUGUCUCAUACCCCUUAUGGCCGUCAUCCUCCUUGAGGCUGGCCGUAUGAACCCUGACGAUGUCCUACAGCUCUGGAACCAUCUCCAGUACAACCUCGUAUCCGUCCUUGUUGGCUCUGCCUUCCUCGUCUUCGGCUCUACUGUAUACAUGAUGACCCGUCCCCGCCCUGUCUUCCUUGUCGACUACUCCUGCUACCGCCCCCCUUCUCACUUGAAGGUCCCUUCCUCCCGCUUCAUGGAACACUCCCGUCUCUCCGGCAAUUUCGAAGAAUCCUCUCUCGACUUCCAGCGCAAGAUCCUUGACCGCUCCGGCCUUGGUGAGGAGACCUAUCUCCCCGAGGCCAUGCAUUACCUCCCUCCCCGCCCCUCCAUGGCUGCCGCCCGUGAAGAGGCCGAGCAGGUCAUGUUCGGUGCCCUUGAUUCCCUCUUCCUAAAUACCGCUGUCAAGCCCAAGGACAUUGGCAUCCUCGUUGUUAAUUGCAGCCUCUUCAACCCGACCCCAUCCCUCUCCGCUAUGAUAGUCAACAAAUACAAGCUCAGGGGCAAUAUCCGGAGCUUCAACCUUGGGGGCAUGGGCUGCAGUGCUGGGGUUAUUGCUGUUGACCUGGCCAAGGAUCUCCUCCAGGUCCAUCGCAGCACCUACGCCGUUGUUGUCAGCACCGAGAACAUAACCCAGAACUGGUACUUUGGCAACAGCAAGUCAAAGCUCAUCCCCAAUUGCCUCUUUCGAGUAGGGGGCGCAGCCGUCCUCCUCUCCAACAAGUCUGCCGACCGCAGGAGGGCCAAGUACAGGCUCAUCCAUGUCGUCAGGACCCAUCGUGGGGCCGACAACAAGGCUUUCCACUGUGUCUACCAGGAGCAGGACGCCACUGGCAAGGUGGGGGUCUCCCUCUCCAAGGAACUCAUGGCCAUUGCUGGAGGGGCUCUCAAGACCAACAUCACCACCCUGGGGCCGCUUGUCCUCCCCAUCAGUGAGCAGCUGCUCUUCUUCGCCACUCUUGUCGCAAAAAAACUGUUCAACUCCAAGGUCAAGCCCUACAUUCCAGAUUUCAAACUCGCCUUUGAUCACUUCUGCAUACAUGCUGGGGGAAGAGCCGUGAUUGACGAGCUGGAGAAGAACCUGCAGCUCCUACCAGUCCAUGUUGAGGCUUCCAGGAUGGCCCUGCAUCGAUUCGGCAAUACAUCCUCCAGUUCCAUCUGGUACGAGCUGGCUUACAUUGAGGCCAAGGGACGGAUGCGCAAGGGCAACCGCAUCUGGCAGAUUGCUUUCGGGAGUGGCUUCAAAUGUAAUAGUGCCAUUUGGCAGGCACUUCGGACCGUUAAACCAUCACCUGGUGGUCCUUGGGAAGACUGUAUUGAUAGGUAUCCUGUGCAAAUAAUCAAUGGCUUCACUUAUACACAGCCACAGGCACAGCAUUAGUCUUCGGCGAUGGUGAUGAUGAUGCAUCAACUUGAUUCUCAUUUGACUCUCAAAGACAUUUCUACAAACGCCUUCUAUUCACGAUCGCGUCUGUUUGGGUAUUUAUCUCAAAGGUUUCCUCAGAAUGCUGUUUUCCCUUUCAUUGUUCCUUUUCUUCUUCUUCUUCUUUUUCCCUAGUGUGUGCAUGUUUGCCAAAUCCUUGGAUUGUUGUUAUUUUUGUACCCUAGUACUGUUCAAAAUUUCAAGCUGCAUGCUUAGUUUGACAUGCUGCUCCAGAGAGCUCUCCUGGGUGUUUCUUACAUUGCUGCAUAAAGAGCAGUAUCAUUUUAGUGCACCCUUUCCUAAACAAAAAUUAAUGAUUAACGUUGAUGGUUGAUGAUGGA